AGUGGUGCUUCAGGUUAAGAACAGUUUCAGGUUAAGAACGGACCUCCAGAACGAAUUAAGUUCUUAACCCGAGGUACCACUGUAUUGGUCUUGUCAGCUCAAUGUUUCAGAGCCUGUAUUCGCAUGCAGGGGAAGUCCCUAGCGCACAGAGGGUUUGAGACCCAUCGACCGCCCUCACUUGGUUUAACCGGCCAGUCAAAGCCAUGACCCAGGGUGCGGCCGCUGUCAUGUGCUGGUCCAAAUCUUUCUCCCGGUGUCUAAUCUGGUGUAUCUCUCCAGGGUAUCUGCUCAUCAAUCUGGCUACCUUGCGUAUCUAUUAGUGACAAGGGGGAUAAAUUGAAUUCAGUUCGUGCUUAAAGGCGAAACUGCCUGAUUUUGCACUUUAUGAAACAAUGCACGAACCGAAACUCUGCCGUCCCUCGAAAUUCGUACCUCCCCAAAUUUUUGCAGUGCAGCUGUCCAGCCAAGUGCUGUGAUUUAAAAAUGCACCAGCUGGGACAAAGUGUGCAUAAAAACAUGUAUAUUGGUGAAGAUAACAUGCAGAAGUGCAGUAAAUCCCUGGAAGUUGAUUUGCAAAAAAAAAUGUGCCUAAUAGGAGAACAUGAGUAUCGGCAAAUGCACAUAUGGAUAAAUGAGCCCUGAAAUGUUGAUGUCUUUUUGCGAGGGCUUUGAGAAUAAAACCAGGAGACCGUGUGAAAAUGUGGAGAAAUGAACUUGAGAUUGGGGGGGGGGGGGGAAACGAGCAACGCUGGAGAAACCGAAACGGACAGAUUCAUUCAUCCCUGAUACCCGUCUCCUCUUCUAAAUAAAGAUUCUCGCUGUUUCCCUCGGUGAGUGAGCUGUGCGUCCUCCGCUGAGCCAGUACAGAGCGCGAUGAGGAAAGCAGACUAGUUGGCACCAGCUUGGGGGGGUGUCUCCAGUUGCCCCCUUUCCUUUCCGCGAUCCGGUUGCGGACAUGGAACCCUCUGCCCGGAUUUGUACCCUGAGCAUCUUCCUUCUCUUCCAAGGCUCUCAAGGAGGCGUCUACCAGCGGCAGCUGCUGAAAGCCUUGAUGGAGAAUUAUACCCCCCUUGAAAGGCCGGUGGGGGAUGACUCACAGCCCAUAACCGUCCACUUCACCCUGAGCCUCAUGCAGAUCAUGGAUGUGGAUGAGAAAAACCAAGUUUUGACCACCAACGUCUGGCUCCAGAUGUACUGGUACGACCAUUACUUGCAAUGGAAUGAAUCGGAAUACCCCGGUGUGAAGACCCUGCGGUUCGCCGCUAACCAAGUCUGGAAGCCCGACAUCCUUUUGUACAACAGUGCCAAUGAAGAGUUUGACUCCACGUUCCACACCAACGUCUUAGUCAACUCCAGCGGCUACUGCCAGUGGCUCCCCCCAGGCAUCUUGAAAAGCACCUGUCGAAUCGACGUCCGCUGGUUCCCCUUCGACACCCAGAAGUGUGACCUGAAGUUUGGCUCCUGGACGUACGACGGUUGGCUGCUUGACCUGCGCAUGCUGGAGACUGACACCUCUGGCUAUGUGGCCAAUGGCGAGUGGGACCUCAUGGGUGUGCCUGGCAGUCAGAACAAAGUGUUCUACGAAUGCUGCCGGGAGCCCUACCUGGACGUCACCUUUGCGGUCACCAUGCGGCGCCGAACACUUUAUUACGCCCUCAACAUGCUGGUUCCUUGCCUGCUCCUCUCGGCCAUGACCUUCCUGGUCUUUCUUCUGCCAGCCGAUUCCGGAGAGAAGAUUUCCCUGGGCAUCACUGUUCUCCUCUCGCUCACUGUCUUCAUGCUGCUUGUGGCAGAGGUUAUGCCGGCCACCUCUGACUCCAUUCCGCUCAUAGGACAAUACUUUGCCAGUACGAUGGGCAUGGUGAGCCUCUCUGUGGUCGCGACAGUCUUUGUGCUCCAGUACCACCAUCACGACCCGGACGGCGGCUGCAUGCCGAGAUGGGUCCAGGUGGUGGUGCUGCAGUGGGGAGCCUGGCUUCUGCGCAUGCGCCAACCCGGCGAGGACCCGGUGGGGCGCCCGCACUGUGCCCCCAGCCUGCUGAGUUGCAGCUCAGACAGCAGCGACGGCAGCGGCACGCUGACCCGGCAGGCCCGUCUCCCCGUGGCGCUGGCCAACGGCAACCUCGCCUACCCCGCAGCGCUGCUCCCGGCCAAGCCCCCCGACGUGCCGCGCCCGUUCCUCCCAUCACCGGAGCUGCCGUCCUCCAGCCCCGAGGAACUGAUUGCCACCCCUGAGCUGGGCCGCAUCCUGGAGGAACUGCACUAUGUGGCUCAGUGUUUCCGGGGCCGCGACGCCGCCCAGGCCGCCUGCAGCCAGUGGAAGUUUGUGGCAGCCGUACUGGACCGGCUGUGCUUGGUCACCUUCGCUCUGGUCCACAUCGUCUGCUCCAUCGGCAUUCUCAUGGCCGCGCCCAACUUCCCCGAGGCCAUCACAAAGGACUUCCUGUGACCUUAAGCCCGCAAAAUGACAGGUUUCCCCGACGCCUAGGUUUUGGUGUCCUCCCCUCGCGGCAGGACAGGUCUUUCUAACAUGGCUUCCGUCCCUACCGGCAGGAUGUUGCUAGGGGCUUCCGGUGAGGAGUAUCUGGGACAAUUGAGGACAACCGGCCAGGGCUUCCGACCCACUUGUUAACGCUAUCCUGUCAAGUUCUGUGUGCUCAACAGGAGGACCAAACGGACACCAUACCGACACCCCUGUCCCGCACGCCAAGUCCGUAACACUCGCCCUGAAGGAUUUCAGAUCAUAGCUGUCAACUUACAGAUUUGAAAAUAAGGGACCAGCAGCCUCGAAAAUAAGGGAUCAGCAGCCAAAAUAAGGGAUUUUCCAGGCACAGGGAUGUUCAACUUCUGAGCCCCUCUGAGCCAAAGGCAGAAAGCCCAGCCAGCAGCCAAACAAAGCCUCAAGCAGUGGUUCCCACAGCGCAGCAACCCGGCAAAGGGGACGCAGCAAGGAAAACCACCGUCACCUCCCCGCUGGGAAGCGCUGAGCAAAGGCGAGUCCCCAGGCAACGCGGCUGAUUUGAUCAGCACGAGACAUGCAAGCUCCACCCCCCAGUCGUUCUUAGACUCCUUAUUGGGUGAGCAACGCAGCCAAGCAACACAGGUGGAGCCUCCCUCCUCCCUGGCCGGCAGGGAGGGAGGGAGAGGAGCUGCUUCCUUUGAAACCCGGGGAAUUUAAGGGACAUCAUCAAUAAGGGACAGCAGCAGGAAACAGCACUGGGAUAAGGGACUUUCCCGCCAAAUAAGGGAUGGUUGACAGCUAUGUUUCAGAUUCAAUCUUCCUCUAGAAUUUACCACUCAUUGUUUUUCUGAGAGGGGCCUAUUUGAGCCUGAACACCACGGAUGUCAAAAAGUCCUGAUUCUCCACCCAGCCCCACUGCUGCCGCACGCAGCGCUGUUUCCCUUCUGCUGCAGUUCAUCUUCUGCCAAAGGUUAUCUGUCUUGCUGCCCGCUGUGGUGAAAUUACAUAACAUAUGUAAUGAAUUACCCCGGCGUUUAUGUUACGCUUGGCCCCGUGCAUUUUGGUGAAAAUGAAACACAGAGUAAAUGGUGUGUUAAUUGGUCUUGUGUCGUUUACAGACCAACAGCAGCAACAAAUACCGAUUGCAUUUGCUGUCCCAUUUCCCUUCCACGCUUGGGACGACCAAGCGAACAUGGUCCACUUCCACGCCAUAGUCUUGGAACUCCUAAAUCAGUUUGGGAGCCCUGACCUGGUUUAUAAACCCCGGAGGAGGUUUUCGUGGAGACCCUUUUAUAGCAAAGGAAACUAAAUCGAUUCACAUGUCUUUGUGUGUACACAUCCCGCGAUGGAUCGUGGCCAGGGAUUCAAGCCCUGCCCCAGCAGCCUUGAGCCGAGGCCACACGGCCACGCUCUCUGCCUCAGUUUUCCUACUCUGUAAAAUGGGAACAUCCCAAGCUACCCUCUUGCCAGGGUCUGCUAUGAAAUCAAAGGAUGCAAUGAACUUUAUGAAAGCGUUUUCGCAACGGAUGAGGUUCGGAUUCACUGAAUGUGGGAAUGUUUUUAUUGUGUCAUACAGUACCAAUCUUUCUUUGAAAGGCAAUGCUAUGAACAUUCGCAUGUUCACAGUUUUGUGUAUGUUAACAAGAGAUUGCUAAAUGUCGUGCCAAAAGGAAGAGGGCGGUAUCUUUCCAUUUUGAUGGUUCCUUUGUGAUCUUUCUGGUUCCCGCCCCCCCCCCCCCCGAUAUAGUGUGUUGUCAUUUAUGGUGGCAUAUAUAUAAAUGUAUUUUUUUUUAACACUUGCCUUCCCAGGAGGACAGAGAAUGUUAGCCAAAUCAAGUACACCUUUUCUCUCCUCUUUUCACAACCACUACAGUAUCUCUAAUUGACGGCAACAUAGAUUGGAUUUGCUUUUCAUUUAAUUUUAUUUAGACAGAAAAAAUUAAAUUAUUAAAAGUGGCAAUAAAUAAUCAAUAACUUAAGCAUUGAUAUUGUCUGAAACAUAUAAUCCAACUCUUCGUUUUUUCUUAAAAUUCCUCAUCACUAAAAGUUCUUCUGAUUUUGGGGGUCCCCCCCUUCUUUAUUUUUUCCUCAUUUUUUCCCUUUUCUCCUUCUAAAUAAAAUGUCCAAGUAGUAAACCCACCUCCCACCCUAGAAGGGAAAAAGAAAAGAAAAAGAGAGAGGGACAGAGAGAGAAAGAGAAAGAAAGAAAGA